CGCGGCGCGGCGAGUGCCGUCGGGUUCCAGAGCUGAGUUGUGGCAGUUCUGCGCGCGCUGCUGACCCCGCCGCUUGACCAUGCAGAUCUUUGUGAAGACCCUGACCGGUAAGACCAUCACCCUUGAGGUGGAGCCCAGUGACACCAUCGAGAAUGUCAAGGCCAAGAUCCAGGACAAGGAGGGCAUCCCCCCUGACCAGCAGAGGCUGAUCUUCGCCGGGAAGCAGCUGGAAGACGGGCGCACCCUGUCUGACUACAACAUCCAGAAGGAGUCCACCCUGCACCUGGUCCUCCGCCUCCGGGGUGGGAUGCAGAUCUUUGUGAAGACCCUGACCGGUAAGACCAUCACCCUUGAGGUGGAGCCCAGUGACACCAUCGAGAACGUCAAGGCCAAGAUCCAGGACAAAGAAGGCAUCCCCCCUGACCAGCAGAGGCUGAUCUUUGCCGGGAAGCAGCUGGAAGAUGGGCGCACCCUGUCUGACUACAACAUCCAGAAGGAGUCCACCCUGCACCUGGUCCUCCGCCUCCGGGGUGGGAUGCAGAUCUUUGUGAAGACCCUGACCGGUAAGACCAUCACCCUUGAGGUGGAGCCCAGUGACACCAUCGAGAACGUCAAGGCCAAGAUCCAGGACAAAGAAGGCAUCCCCCCUGACCAGCAGAGGCUGAUCUUCGCCGGGAAGCAGCUGGAAGAUGGGCGCACCCUGUCUGACUACAACAUCCAGAAGGAGUCCACCCUGCACCUGGUCCUCCGCCUCCGGGGUGGGAUGCAGAUCUUUGUGAAGACCCUGACCGGUAAGACCAUCACCCUUGAGGUGGAGCCCAGUGACACCAUCGAGAACGUCAAGGCCAAGAUCCAGGACAAAGAGGGCAUCCCCCCUGACCAGCAGAGGCUGAUCUUCGCCGGGAAGCAGCUGGAAGAUGGGCGCACCCUGUCUGACUACAACAUCCAGAAGGAGUCCACCCUGCACCUGGUCCUCCGCCUCCGGGGUGGGAUGCAGAUCUUUGUGAAGACCCUGACCGGUAAGACCAUCACCCUUGAGGUGGAGCCCAGUGACACCAUCGAGAACGUCAAGGCCAAGAUCCAGGACAAAGAAGGCAUCCCCCCUGACCAGCAGAGGCUGAUCUUCGCCGGGAAGCAGCUGGAAGAUGGGCGCACCCUGUCUGACUACAACAUCCAGAAGGAGUCCACCCUGCACCUGGUCCUUCGCCUCCGGGGUGGGAUGCAGAUUUUUGUGAAGACCCUGACUGGUAAGACCAUCACCCUUGAGGUGGAGCCCAGUGACACCAUCGAGAACGUCAAGGCCAAGAUCCAGGACAAGGAGGGCAUCCCCCCUGACCAGCAGAGGCUGAUCUUUGCGGGGAAGCAGCUGGAAGACGGGCGCACCCUGUCUGACUACAACAUCCAGAAGGAGUCCACCCUGCACCUGGUCCUCCGCCUCCGGGGUGGGAUGCAGAUCUUUGUGAAGACCCUGACCGGUAAGACCAUCACCCUUGAGGUGGAGCCCAGUGACACCAUCGAGAACGUCAAGGCCAAGAUCCAGGACAAGGAGGGCAUCCCCCCUGACCAGCAGAGGCUGAUCUUUGCCGGGAAGCAGCUGGAAGACGGGCGCACCCUGUCUGACUACAACAUCCAGAAGGAGUCCACCCUGCACCUGGUCCUCCGCCUCCGGGGUGGGAUGCAGAUCUUUGUGAAGACCCUGACCGGUAAGACCAUCACCCUUGAGGUGGAGCCCAGUGACACCAUCGAGAACGUCAAGGCCAAGAUCCAGGACAAAGAGGGCAUCCCCCCUGACCAGCAGAGGCUGAUCUUUGCUGGGAAGCAGCUGGAAGACGGGCGCACCCUGUCUGACUACAACAUCCAGAAGGAGUCCACCCUGCACCUGGUCCUCCGCCUCCGGGGUGGGAUGCAGAUCUUUGUGAAGACCCUGACCGGUAAGACCAUCACCCUUGAGGUGGAGCCCAGUGACACCAUCGAGAACGUCAAGGCUAAGAUCCAGGACAAGGAGGGCAUCCCCCCUGACCAGCAGAGGCUGAUCUUUGCCGGGAAGCAGCUGGAAGAUGGGCGCACCCUGUCUGACUACAACAUCCAGAAGGAGUCCACCCUGCACCUGGUCCUCCGCCUCCGGGGUGGGAUGCAGAUCUUUGUGAAGACCCUGACUGGUAAGACCAUCACCCUUGAGGUGGAGCCCAGUGACACCAUCGAGAACGUCAAGUCCAAGUUCCAAGAUGAGGUAUUCUCUUUGACCACCAGAGGUUGAUCUUUGCUGGGAAGCAGUUGGAAGAUUGGGUGCAUCCUGUCUUAGUGCAACAUCCAGGAGUCCACUCUUCAUUUUGUCCUGCACUUGAAGGGAGUUUUAUUAAAUAUACCUCCCUUUUAAGCUUUCAAAAGAUUUCAUUGCACUUUUCUUUCAAUAAAGUUGUUGCAUUCCAAAAGUGUUGGG